CCAACAACUUCCCCUCUCACUUCUGAAGCUCCCCCCAAUAUCGCCCCAUUCAAUCAUAUCUCUACAACAAGCAAAUCAAACCCAAGUCAAACCCCAGAUUCCCAAGGACCACGCUCUCUGUCUUCCCCCCCAGUAUAAUCUAGAACCACCCAAGAAUAUACCCCAGAAUGUCCGUCCGGGUUAUCAUCUACGCCUACCGCAAGCCUGGUCUAGACCUUCAAACCUUCAAGGAGCGCUACGAAGCCCAUAUUCAGCUAGUCAAGCGUCUCUCCGGUGAUGACUUUCCCCUAUCGCACAAGCGCAUGUACAUCGCGCGCACCACUAUCGAGAACCCUCAAGCAGGAGAAAACAAUAACAACUCAACCCGCAAUGCCCUCACGCCCGCCACCGUCCUCGUCGGGCAGCAAACUGAUUUCGAUUUCGAUGCUUAUGCCGAACUCACAUUUGCGGACCAGGCCGCCUUCCAAACAUUCUCGGCUCAGGUGAUGGCGCCCGAAGCUGCGGCGCAGAUUGCGGCGGAUGAGGAAGGGUUCUUGGAUCGGAGCAAGUUGGGAAUUGCGCUUUUGGGGGACGUGGUGGAGACCACCAACUGAAGAGGGAAAGAGAGAGGUGUGCUGUUUUGUAAGAAUAUGUAUAUAUCCUUCUGAAUGGUUUUUUUUCUUCGGGAUAAAUGGCACAUACGAUUGUUUAUGUAUCAUCCUAUCAUGCUAGUUGUUAGUGGGGAAAUGGGGUACCCUUCCCAUAUCAGAAUCCCCAGUCUGACUGCCCCAAAUACUAUAUAGAGUCGUCAAAGAAAAAAAAAAAAAAAG